AACGAAAAAGAGAGAAGAGAAACCGCGCGGAAUCCGCGCGGACGCGCGCGGGCAACAUGAGCGGAAGAAUCGCAAAGAAUUUCACGCAAUCAUACUGAGUCAGCUGUUUCGCUCUCGAAAGUCACGCGUUCAGCGAACACAAGAUGGCGGCUAGCGCGAAAGAUGAACUCGAACUCCUUGAAAGGGUAUUUCUCCGAGUCGCUUCAGCUGAAACAGACGACCAACUUGAGAAAACAGUUAAAACCUUCUUGUGUCCUCUUUUACUAAAAGUUGCUAGCCCACACCAAGAAGUCAAAAAUAAGGUGAUGACCUUGUUGACUCAUCUCAAUAAGCGUUUAAAGAGCCGGCCAAAGAUUCAACUCCCUGUGGAUUCAUUGCUCUUGCAGUAUCAAGAUGUUUCAAUUCCAGCCUUUGUAGCUAACUUUGCAAUCUUGUACCUAAGGAUGGGUUUCCCAAGACUACCACCAGAAACACAAAUGGAAUUGGCACCACUACUAAUUAAAUGUAUUCAAGAUAAGCCACAGCCUCAACAAGACUGCCUUCUUCAACUGGUUUUACCAGUAUUGGGCCAAAUGAAGAUUCCAGAUUCCAUAGAUGAAAGACAGAAGAUGUUUGAAUUCAAAGAAAAGCCAGUAGUGGCUGGGAUAUUGUUGGACUUUCUUCUUGAUGUUCUGUUGAUGCCAUACAGCACCACAUCAAAGCAACCAAGUGUGGACACACCAGGCUCUGAAUCAGACACAGCAGAAUCAGAACAAACCUCAGCUUCUUCUCCAGACUCCUUGGCUCCACCAGGGAUGAGUGUGGCUGCAGUGAAACGUGUCACUGCUGAUUCUCCUUUGGAGUCAAAAAAGCUAGAACAGAUGAAGCUUGGAGCUCUUAAAUUCUUGGCACGUGAUUUAUUUGAGCCCAGUGACGUGAUUUGCCAUUUCCUGGCUGCCACAGGAGAUACUCGACACAGUGUACUGGACACAGCAGAUCAUGAAUUGAAAAGAAUAUCAAGCUCUACAGACUUUGAAAAUCCCAAGGUUGUAAACAAGAUGUUUGGCAUGUUCCAAGGAACUACAUCCAUUGCUGGAUCAGCACAGCAGGCAGCACAAAUCCCAGCAGACCAGAAGAGGUCCCCAGCUGGGAUUAGACUGAAGCAGAGAAUAUAUCCUUACCUUCUGAGAUCCAGACGAGCUGCAGAUCAGUUUCCUGCUUGUCUUCAGAUUAUUUUUGAUAGCUUGUUUGGCAAGGACCUAAAUGGCAAGUUGCGUGUGUAUGCUGUCCAGUUUGUUCACCAUAUCUGUCUGUGGAGUUCUGAUAAAGUUAUUAACAUGAUGGGCCCAGUUCUUCUUAGUGGAAUGACAAAGCUGAUCAAUGAAGACAAACAGGUUUGUAUUCAUUUCUUGAUGAUGUUACUUACGGGUACCGUCUUGUUGAGUCAUUCAGUUCUAAACUCGCUCAACUGUAGGAAAGAUGAUGUCAAAGAAGAAGCUAAGAAGGGACUGAGGGCAGUGCAAGUUGUUGAUCGGACAUCAACUGAAGACAGUACAAACAAAGAUAUCCUUCCAGCCUUUCCUGAUAUGGUGUCAUAUGUGGCUCGCAAGAGCCUUGAGAGAUUGAGAGGAAAAUACUGUUACACAGCUGGGACAACUGCACUGCCUUUUGCUCCACCAGUAUUUUCACAGGUGUUACUGUAUUUGCAAAAAUGUCUGGAACAUGCAGCCGGAGUAACUGAGGAGGACAGAGUCAAAAACUGCAUUCUUCCACCUGUUGGAGAGUACGUGAAUAAACUCUUAAUUGGAAUUAACACUGAAGACUUUUCAUCAAGUGCUAUGGGAAAGUACAUUGAACUUACACGACAAGCACUCGAGCCUAUAGGAGGGGCUGAUCUCCACGCUGUUGCUAUGUGCUGUCUUCUCCAAGCUGUGGCUGUUGCACCUAAACAGUUAGCGGGGAUAUUCCAUGGAAAGCUUGACUGGAUCAAGGGUUUCACAUUCUCCAGUAGGGAAGAUGCCCGGCAAUAUGCUGGACAAUUGCUGGCAGUUGUUACUUGCACCAUGAGUGAAGAUUCAUUUGUGAAUGUGAUAAAAGAACUUUCUGCCUCUGUUGAUAGUGAGGUGAGUUUCGUACUGCAAAUACGCCCGAUCGGGUUAUAUUUUAAUAGCUGGAAUAUCUGUAAGUUGUAUUUUUGUUGUUCUGUUGUAGAUAGUAAAACGCAGUCUUCAGCUGCUGCAGACCCUGUCAGCAAGUUGUCAGUGGUAGAAAAAUUACUUGAUACUCUGCAGAAUGCUAAGGAGAACAAGGUUAAAGAACAUGCCGCCCAUGCCCUUGGAUUCCUAUUGGUUGGAGAUGAACAUUUCCCACAUCAUAAGAAACUGAUCGAUGGCUUGUGUGAGGCUUCCAAGAUUCGCCAAGUAGAGCUGCAGUUCACAGUAGGGGAGGCCCUGUCUUGUGCAGGGGCAGGCAGGAUGUCUGAAGUAGCCCGUGACCCUUGGGUAGUGGAACAACUUAAAAGCACUGCUAGUGGUGAAAAUGGAGGGACCAUGCAAGAACUGAUUGACAUGAUUGUCAAUAAGUACGCCACGAGUCCAAUUCCAUAUGUCAGACAGGUAAGCCAAUAUCAGUAUGACCCCAAUACGAAGAUACAACAAGCUAUGACUAGCAUCUGGGCUGCUCUUGUACCAGAGACCAAGAAAACGGUUGACAAAUACGUGAAUGAGAUACUGGAGGACUUGAAGACCAGUUUAGGAAGCAACAUAUGGAGAGUAAGGCAGUCUAGUUGUAUGGCCCUCAGUGAUCUUCUCAGCGGUCGAUCCGUAGACGACAUGCUCGAGUCUCUCCCCAGGCUCUGGGAGCUGUGUUUCAGAGCACGUGAUGAUAUCAAGGAAUCUGUUCGACAGGCAGCUGAAGUGGCGUGCAGGACAUUGAGUAAGGUCUCCAUUCGUGUGUGUGAUGUGAAUCAAGGCAAGCUGGGUGAAACAGCCAUCGCAUUAGUUCUCCCUACUCUGUUACACAAGGGCGUGGCGAACUCAGCAGAAGAAGUAAGAUCUAUCAGUUUGUCUACAAUAGUGAAGAUCAGCAAGAAUGCGGGCGCUUUGCUGAAGCCUCAUAUUCCACUGCUGGUUAUUGCUCUCCUGGAAUCACUCAGUGGCUUGGAAAACCAGUCGAUGAACUAUUUGAGUCUGCAACUCCAUAAACGUGAAGACGCUCAAGAGAUGCUUGAGGGAGCGAGAAUUGCUGCAUCAAAGAUGUCUCCCAUGAUGGAAACGAUCAACAUGUGUGUGCAAUAUGUUGACGCAACCGUUCUUCCAGCACUAGUGCCCAGACUGUCCGAUCUCUUACGAACCGGGGUUGGACUGGGAACUAAGGCAGGAAGCGCUGGUUUUGUUGUGUCUCUUGCAAUGCAGUGUUCUCAGGAUUUGACGCCAUUUGCCGGCAAACUCCUCAACGCGUUACUGUCUGGAUUAAGCGAUCGUAGCGCUUCUGUGAGGAAAUCUUACGCCACUGCUAUCGGACAUCUGGUCAAGGUGGCGAAGGACAACAGCGUAGAAAAACUUAUCGAUAAGAUAAAGAACUGGUACUUUGAAAAGGAAGAUGAAGGCCUGCGUUUGGCCUGCGGACUAACGCUCCAAGCAAUGUCACGGUAUUCCCCGGAUGUAAUGAAGCGUCACACAGCCAAGGCCCUUCCAGCGGUCUUCUUCGCCAUGCACGAAAAGAAAACGACAGCUGGCAGCAGCUCAAGUUCUAAUGAGUCCUUGUGGGAGGAAAUUUGGCUCGAGAAUACACCAGGUACUGAAGCGGGAAUACGGCUGUACCUGGAUGAAAUAGUCUCCAUCACGUGCCCUGCUUUGACGUCACAAUCAUGGACAACCAAGGCCCAGGCUGCCGUCACGAUCUCUGCCAUAGCUCAAAAGCUGGGCUCCUCUUUGUCUCAACCUUAUCUUGGUAAGUUGCUCGGUUCUCUGGUCAGCGGAUUGGUCGGUCGAACCUGGACAGGCAAGGAAGCCUUGCUAUCUGCACUCUCCUGUGUUUGCAUAAAAUGCAGGAAAUCCAUAGAGGAGUCAUCUCCUAGAGUUGAUCCAGAUAUUGAAAAAGUGCUCGACUCGGUAUUUAAGGAAUGCAGAAAAGACAAUCCAACAUACAAGAUGGCGGCGUUGAAGUGCUUUGGUGAAAUAGUCCAGGAAUAUUCUAUUGACAGAUUUCAACAACUAUCCGAGCUUCUCUUCCCCAUCAUUGCUCCUGAGCCAAAGGAAGAAGGAGAAGAAGGUGAGGACGAGAAUGAAGACGAGGAAGAGAAGGACAAAAAGGUCAAUCAAGAAUUCUUGGUUUGUGCUUUUGAUUGUCUGGGACAGUCAUGGCCGAAAAAUGCCACUGAUUCACAAGAUAAACACGCCGAACGCUUCUGUUCCAUACUCACGAAUGCCCUCACUUCAAACACGUGGAAAGUACAACUCGUAGUUUUGUCCGCCAUAAAACUGUUUAUUGAAAGAAUGGACUGGAUAAGUGGAACUCCUGAUGGCUCGACAGAAGAGAGUAUAGACAGAAUAGCAAUGCUUAGAAGUACCUUAGGACAGUUCAUACCACCUGUCUGUGAAUGUUUAGAGGUUAAAAAAUACGCCGCAGUACGGCUAGGAGCAGUUGAAGUUUUGGAGGCAGUGCACACAGCUCUGAAAGGGCACAGUCGCUUAUCUUUGCUGACGGAAGAACUAAAAGAACACAUAUUGGACAGUCUGAAAUACGUUUACAGUGACAAAGAGCCCAAUAUACGCGAUAAAGCUGCGAAACUGAAAAACAAGUUACUAUCCCUUGGCUCGUAGUUUUCAACAAAUGAUGACAAAAAAGUUCAAGACUACAAUCUAGGACAAAAGUCUCGCGACAAAUUUGCACUAGUGGCGCUUUUCACGCACGCCAAACAAGUCGCGUGCAACUACACUUGCCCGACCCCUCCCCCCACCCAAACUGCAAUGUUGGACACGUGCUCGUGCAAUUUCUCCCAAGUUUCAACAUUUUAUUCAGUGGGGAGGGAGGGGUAGGGGAAGGUUUUUUAAACGAUAGAGGUGCUUCUUCAAACUCCAGUUGUAAAACUAAGUUAAUUCAUAGCAUUGCAUCAGUGUCCCAAGGACUUUUGUUCAGCAUUGUAAAUUUAAAAACGUCAGCCGUUUUCGGAAACCUAUUGAAAAAUGGAAAUCAGAAAUUCAUAUUUGGCGUAUUACCAACACCUCAAGUGAAAGAAAAGACGUUACUAUAAAACCUCCAAAAUGUGUUCAAAUGAAUCUUCGUCAACAUUCCCACCUAGUGCAGUGCUUGAUGGUUUGUGGAAAAUAAUCGAAUGAUGGUCACUGACAAUGUAAAACGAUUGCCUAAAGUGACUUAAGUGAUCUGCUAUAUACUGUAUAUAAACAAAAUAGUUUUUAGGAAAUAAUGGGACAUCAAAUGAACAACGUUUAAAUUAGAACUGUUACUCAAUCUCACUGAUAAACUGUUACGCUACAGUUUUGUUACCACUGAAGUGCAGGACAGCUUUUAAUGCGUACUUCAUUUAACCCGUGGGAGACGCGCUGUCCCAAAGGCCAGGCCAAUGGAGGCCAAAUUGAGUGGUCCCGGAGAGGGAGGGGGAGGGGAAAGGUAACCCUACGUCGGACAAGCGUCCGGUAUAGAAAUACUCCUAAUCGGAAACCGAAUAAAAACGCUGGUCGAACGGGCCAUUGGACUCGA